AUGGAUGGACAACGGCAGGCACAGCUUAGAGAGGCGCUGAAGGAGAUGACAAUAUCCCUAGAGGCCCAGAACCAACAUAUACAGAAACAAAUUCAACAUCUAAACACCAUCACAUCCCUCCUCUGUCCUGAACUUGGAGUGCCUUCUUUGCGGACAGGAGGUAGUUCCAGUGAAUUAUCAAAACUCAUCGAUGCGACACAUGAAGCGGAACAGGUUGGCGAAGAUAUUAACCAAAAAAAGGACAAGGAAGUCAAUCCGAAAGAUGGACAGAAGAUCGUAGUCCCGGUCAGCCGCCGGCGUGUCUCCAACCAUUUUGACCGUUCGUAUGAUGUUUCAACUGCUUUCUAUCUCUCUGAGAGAAAAAGCCGAUUACCAAUCUGGCAUAAGGAUGACAGUACAGCUGGCCUGAAUCUUCCUAGCCGACCCGAUGCUGCCGUUUGCACUACUGAUUGGAAAUACUGGCGCCCUAGGGUAGAAUGGGGGUAUUAUACAACGGGUAGAGGGCGACCAAAUUACGUCCCACAAUGGGAGUUGAUACAAUGGGAAGACGGACGGUGGUAUCACAUCGACGACCCUACACAUACGAAGCCUCUCUUUGCCGGGCCACUGAAUUUAUCGCGCAGGAGUUUUUUUAUACCCUACGCACUCUCGCCGCCUAGACGAGACGAAGAGUACUCAUUCGCUAGCCUCCAUGGCAUGAAGGAACAAAUCAGAUCGUCCCUCGGACAGCUUUUCGCAAUCCCUCCUGAUGCGAGAGUUACUCUCCGGUUUGAAAAAAAUCAACUACGACAGGCCUGUGAAGAUGGCACGCUCAACUCAUAUUUGACAGAGAUGAAGGGAUUCUUCGCAGCAUUACACGAUGCCGGAGGUUUCUUCCGAAUCACAGACCUUGACGACUUCAUGAACUUUGCUAUUUACAAUACUUGUCAUUGGAUAGAGAAUAUACCUGAGAGUGAUUGGGAUGACUUCCCUGCUGGACCAGCACUUGCGGCUGAAGAGUUUGAGCUGAACAUUCGCCCUGGUUCGUAUCAUCCUGUCGACCGUCAAAGACAAGUCGUAGAUGAACGCAUAUUCCCAGCUAGGGAAUGGCACCGAGUGAUCCACUGCCAUGGACUGGCACAUAUACCCAUGUCUAAACUCCCGUACCACUACGUACAUCACGUACGGGAGGAAUAUUCGAAAUUCUGGAAGCUUCUAUUUUCCCAAAAUGUCAUUGCUACACCUGGCUUUGAUCUUGUCAACGAGGCGCUCGAUGAUAUGUUCACCUUUCAUGUCAACUGUGGCCGCCGACAGCAGUCAUAUAAUCCAUACCAGCAUGAUUGGAAGGCCUUUCAUAUAACCUGGUAUCGAAUCACUGCCUCUGGCGAACCUGAAGAAUCUCUCUGGAAGUCCGGCACACUUUAUCAGACCAACCAAAGACUGCAACAGUCAGCCUUUACGGCUGGACUGUUCCCUAAUAAGAUGAAUGGGGAGGAUAAGUAUGUUAGGCAUAUAAGCAAUCAUUUCUAUUUCACAUUGCUCCUUCUAACACCUCUCCACAUGGACAAACUCGGUUUUGACGAAACAUGGGUUAACGCAUCUAAAGAAAAGAAUGUAUCCUCACCUCAAACCCUUAUCCUACAUUUUAUUUCAGGGGCUUUCCGUGAUGCAGCAGAUUCUUGGGAAGAAGUUGCCCGUCAUAUCACUAAGAUAUUAGCCGACGACGAAGAUGCCGCUCUUGAUGCAGACAAACAUGACCGACUCUUGUUCGAUGACAACACCUUCUCUAGAUCUAGACUAUAUUUCUGGGCGGUCGAUAUCUUAGAAACAUUUCAAGAAUGCAUUCAAGACUCCCUUCUUCAGUGGGACCAUUGGUGGAGUGCCUGGGAGGAGACUCUUCGUGAUUUCGAGAAAUAUCAGAUUAAGCGUUGCGCGACUCGUCGCCGUACAGAUUUGAGUGGCUUCCCACUACUUUCGUCUACGAUACCAACUAUCAAUACGCUACCAACUAUCGAUGGCAUGUUGGCCCCCAGCGAAUCUGAAAUUCGUCGCCUGAACCAGCUGGAUGCUAAGUUCAAGGGGCUAUUAGACAGAACUCAAAAACUUAGAGAUGGACUUUUUAGUGCAAGUAGCGUUAUUGAGAGUCGUGCCGCUACAGAUCUCGGCCAGAAUGUCAAACUCCUCACCUACGUCAGCAUAUUCUAUAUGCCGAUAGCUGUCUCUGCUGCCAUAUGGAGUAUUAAUUCGGACUAUAGCAAGAAGGUCUUUGGCAUAGUAACUGUGCUUAUCGCCAUGGCCACAUAUAUUCUUGUUGCCAAUCUCAAUAACACGGCCCAAGCUAUGCAGGGCGCGUAUAGAGUGAUUGAGAAUUGGCUGGUUAAGGAUAUGGCUAAACGGCCAGAGAGUGAGUAUUGGGCCGCCAAAUCUCAGGACUUCAAGCAGUUUCGGCCUGAUCGAGCGAAUAUUAUGCCAUCCAAGUGGUUGAUUCUUUGGUAUUUUGUGAUCAAGAUUCUCAGAUUCGACUUUCUUAGAGUGGCAAUAAAGAAUACAACGGGCAGAAAAGACGUUGAAGUCGGCUCUAUCGGAUCAAAUAGUGAGGAAGCGGAGAGAGGUGAUUAG